AUGCGUCUGCAAAUCAGUGUCGUAUUCUUGGUGACCACCAGCUUCCAUGGUCUCGGAUUGGCCUUGCCGGCGGACGACGUUCGGGAACUGAGACUCAACAAUCUUAUCGACGACGAUCCUGUUGACCCUGCGGAUGAUGUUGUCUGGUAUCCAACGAUCAUAGAGGGCGGAGGCGGAGGCGGCGGAGGCCCCGACCCCAUAGACAGCGGACUUGGUGACCCUUUCCCACCAGGCGAUGGCAUUGGGAUACCAUUAUUUGGCCCGCUUAUCCCUGACGAUGAAGUCCCCGGCUCACCGGAUGUUACUCCGAGAGACAUCUCACGACGGGACGAGGAGGGCACCUCUGUGGAGACUUCGCUGGCGGUCAGUAUUGACUCGAGGUACAACGUCACAUGCGAUUGGUUGUUCUGGAGCUAUUACUACAACUGGUACCCACUGAUCGAGAAAGCAUGCAACUGGGUGGGAGAUAGCCUCGCGGUCGGCUGGAAUGGGUAUUGGGGGCCGGAGGGCUCCAUAGUCGGGGAAGCCAAGAACGUGACGAUGAAGUGGGAGAAGACGGGGAAGAACUGCGACCAGACUUGCAGGCAGGUCUGGAAUAAGGUGUACACCGACUCUUCCUGCCGCGAAGAGCGCUUCUGGAUGCGAGAGAAGGGCACGGUCGAGCUCGAGGACUGCGGCACGGCCUCCUACCACAUCCAGUGGAACAACGACGCGCCCCAUCUCGAUCACGGCACGGGGCUCUGCUGGGAGACGCCGAUGCCGCCGUCGUACGUGCCGGACCCGGACGUCACGCACCGGUUCUGCGAGGAGGCCGUCCGGUACAUCCACGACGCCGGGGGCAACUUCACGUCGCCGAGGGAGCGGGACGGGUUCUACUGGAGCGACUACAACCGCGCGGUCCUGGACCCCGCGAAGGACGGCGUCGAGUUCGAUCAGGGGUUCGUCCAUUUCUGGAUCCGGGGAACCUCGCAUACGAACGUCUGUCCGUCGGGGCAGACGGCCAACCAGGCGGUCAAGGAUAUCGACGUGGACUUGUGCGUUGCGAAUAUGAACAAGGUUGAGAACCAGAUCUGCGGUGCGGACUUUGGCUCGUCGUUUGGGUCGCGGUUGUGGUCGGACUGCUUCGAGUGGGGGACCAAGGCGUCGGGAUAUAAUGGACAAAAGGAGCCGUAG